AUGUCACCUACGAAAGACGGUAAACAGUUUUUCUUACUCAGUUCGGUCAUCGUUUUAAUAGUGGCAGUACUUUUCCGAUGGGCUGUCGCUGUCGGUCCCUAUUCAGGUGAAAAUAAGCCACCGAUGUUCGGCGAUUACGAAGCUCAGCGACACUGGAUGGAAAUAACCACAAAUUUGCCCAUUACACAUUGGUACCGAAAUGGAACCAAUAACGAUCUUCUCUACUGGGGUUUGGAUUAUCCGCCGCUCACUGCUUACCACAUGUGGAUUCUUGGAAAAAUAUACAACUGUGUAAGUUUGGGUCUGUUCCUUUGGUCAAUAUGUGGUCUGCUGCGUGGUCGAGAAUGCAUUGCUGCUUUUCUUUUCACGAUGGCUCUCAGCUAUAAGCAGAUGGAACUGUAUCACGCCAUACCUAUAUUCGUUUAUUUGUUUAGCCGUUGCGUUAUGACACUUGCUGCCGCGCUACCGUCAGCUGUCCUGCUGUUCAUUCGACCAGGCAUUAAAAACCUCCUUUACUCGUUGGUCUUGACGUCGCUAGGCUUCUUCCUGUUUUCUUUCCAAGUUCAUGAAAAAGGCAUUCUGCUUGUGGCAAUGUAA